CUACCACAAAAUAAAUCAAUAAAAUCAGAUACAUUGAAAGACAGAUAUAACCCACCACCCCACGGCCAACGGGCCCACACCAAUAAAAUCUCUUUCAAAUCCGCCAGAUUUCUCAUUUGCAAUUCUUAUACAGUCAACUCCAACAAAAUUGUCAUCUGAAAAUUCAAUUCAUAAAAUCAUCACCAAAAAAAUCUCUCUUUUGUUCAAUUUGUUUUCAGUUUUCACCCUGAAAAAUAGAGAAAAUGAGUUGGAUGUCAAUGAUAAUGGGGGCAGCCCCAUUUAUGGUGAUGAUAAUAGUGGAAUGUGUUGAAGUUGGAUUAUCAACUCUUAGUAAAGCAGCAAUGGUCAAAGGAAUGAGCAACUUUGUUUUCAUUGUUUAUUACAAUGCUCUUGGUACCCUUAUUCUUCUACCUGUGUUUCUGUACAACAUUUUCAGAGGGAAGGGAGUUCGGAUCACAUUUUCACUCCUUUAUAAAUUCUUUCUUCUUGGAUUAAUUGGGAUUUGUUUGUUGCAGAUAUGUGCCUACACUGGCAUAAGCUAUAGUUCUCCAACUCUAGCAGCAGCUAUUGGCAAUCUUAUUCCAGUUUUCACAUUCAUCUUAGCUGUCAUUUUGAGGAUGGAGAAGCUUGACUUGAGGAAUCUCAGCAGCCAAGCAAAAUGCUUAGGCACGAUUGUUGCAAUAUCUGGAGCAAUGGUGGUAACUCUCUACAAAGGGCCUCCAUUGAUAACUCAAACUCCCGAUGCAUCUAAUAAGCUUCUUGCAAUGCCAGUAAAUUGGACUCUUGGUGGCCUUCUUUUGGCAAUUACUUCUUUAUUGUCAUCAACAGGCAACAUUCUUCAGACAGCUACCGCUAGGGAAUGCCCAGAUGAGCUGACUCUAGUCUUCUUCUACAGUUUAUUUGGGACACUGCAAUCUGCUGCUGUUUCUGUCUUUGUGGAGAGUGACCCAAAAAAAUGGAUAUUGCAUCAUAGGAUUGAGAUCAUUGCUAUAAUCUAUGCAGCAGUAACAACCACUGUUUUUCGCAAUACUGUCAUUACAUGGUGCCUACGUGAAAAGGGGCCUGUCUAUGUAGUUUCUUACAAGCCUUUAGCAAUUGUCGUUGCAAUGAUCAUGGGGUUGGUGUUUCUAGGGGAUAACCUCUAUCUUGGAAGUGUCAUUGGAUCAGUUGCAGUUACUGCUGGAUUUUAUUCAGUCAUUUGGGGACAAGCCAAAGAAAAGGAUGAUCUUGCUUCUGGCAAUGUCAGUAAGUUAGAGUCAACAGGCGACCUAAAUGUCUCUUUGUUAAAAAACACUGAUGACAACACUUGUGGAAGUGCUUGAUACAGUUGAAAUUAAAAAGGUUGCUGGUAGAAAUUUUGUUAUUGAGCUUGCCUUCCUGUAUGCUGCCAUCCACUGGAUUCAUUUGCUAUGUCCGUCUAUACUACUAGUACCAUAUUUUCUUAGCAGCUUUUUUCUGUGAAUUCUAUCAUUCUAACCUGUUUUUGAACCAAGCUAAUCAAAACCUAUCUUUAUCAAUCAU